GGCAAUUAUAAGAUGGAUUAUAUCAGGGAAUUCGACAUACAGUUGGAAAAAGAGUAUUAUUAUGCUGGUGAGACCAUCUCGGGAAGCGUUAUUUUGGAUACAAUCGAGAAUUUUAAGCUACGCACAAUACGAGUUAUACUGAGAGGAAAAGCACACGCCGAGUGGAAGGUUUUGCUAUCUGGAGACCGCAGAACUGUUAAAGAUGACCAAUUCUUUGUCGACGAAAGACAGAUAAUAUGGGGUGAGAAAAAUGUGGAAACAACAAUACCCAUUCUUCCAAGAGGCAUCCAUAAGUUUCCUUUUAGAUUUUGCCUACCAGAGUCAAGUUUGCCAUGUUCGUUCGAGAGUAGACAAUGUUACAUACGAUACUUUUUCAAAGUAACCAUUGAUAUACCUUACGCAAGUCCUCCUCAAGGAAUAAAGUAUUUCACGGUUAUUGGACCCCACAUCGAUUGUAUGGAGGAACAGUACCUGAAACCCAUUGUCUUGGAAAACAGACGAUCGACCUGCUGCUGGUGCUGCAAAAAGGGUACGGUAAGUCUCCGAUGUGUGGUGGCGCGGUCAGCAUAUGUGUGCAAGGAAAGCAUAAAAUUAAAGGUGACAAUCGACAAUCAAGGCGAGGAAGAAGUAAAAUUGAGAGUGAAAUUGGAACAGUGUUGUGAAUUCUUCAUCGAUCGAGGGGUCCUCGGAGUCAGUAAAGAUGUGAAACAUCUUGUAUUUGAGUAUGGUGGUUGUCAUGUAAAACCCCAUUCAAGAAGUAAGUGGGACAGCUCAAAUUGUCUCAUAAUACCACCAAUGCCUACCACCCUCGUUCAUAUAUGCAGACUGGUUCAAAUAUAUUAUUUACUUACGGUUUAUUUAGAUACAGACAAAGAUUACGACAUUCUUGCUGUAAGCUGCCCUAUAACGAUAGGUACUGUGCCAUUCAGAAUACCAAAUUCGAAUAAUACGCCAGCUGUGAAAUAUGAGCACGCUUGUCCAGUUGUGGAAGGAGGCAUGUACUUGGCACCUGAAUUUCUUCUAGGACAGGUGUACGAUGGCAACGAACAUCAUUUGAGGGAGCCCAUCGUUUUGUACAAGCCACUCUACGUGACGGUAGACAAGUCUGAGAAUAAAUGAAUUAACAUUGAAAUAUGGCAAUAAUUACAUUUAAAUAAGUACCUUUACAGGGUAUUACCUCAAUUUCUUUUAUCACCGUUUAAGACUGAAUCAUAGCAACAAAUAUGUAGUCAAUUUUUUAAUUUUUUAAUACCCGUACCAUUUAAGGCAAAAUUUAGGUUAAAAUAUAGUCUUCUACAGCAAGGUACACCGAAACCUAACGAUUUUUAUCUCGGAGGAAUGGGACAUAGUCGUUAAGUUUUUGGUUUGGCUCAAUAGUUAUAAACUGCCCAAUAAAAUAAAGUAAAUGAUUUAAAUAACAUUUUUGUUGUUAUGUUUUUAUAAAGCAAAAACAAAAAUGUUCCAAGGCCUAAUUUAUUUUACACGAUUAAUGUAAACGACACUAAUUUUUUCUUACAGUUUGAAAAGUAGUUACAUUACACAUAAUCCUGGUUCAUUCCGUUUGUUGAGCAGUUUUUAUCUUAUCUUCCACAAAUGUCUAUUUGUAUGUUAACGAAUAUAAAUUAUAUAGGGUGUUCUUGAUAUUCAGCUUUAAAAAAGUGUGUUCUAAUAAUUUUUUAGCAGAAUAAUUAUGUAUUCCCUGAAAUUAAAAAAAAAACUAUUUUUUAGACUGAAGCAACCAAUGUCUUCCUUAUAAUUUAAAUAUUUGGUCAUUUCUUAACCUUUUAUUGACAAAAUAAUACAUCCGAUUUGUUGCACAAUAUUUCUAUUACAUGAAAAAUGAAUUUUGCUGCCGUCGUUCUUCCAUAUCAAAUUUUAUAUACACCUUGGCCAAAUUUUACACCCGAACACCCUAUAUAAUAAUUAUUACAUAAUUUUGUAAGUGAAAAUUAAUGUACAUGAUAGUUGAUAGUACCCUAGGCACUUUGACACCAGCCAAAUCUAAGAGACUGUUUGGCCAACUAUAUAAUUAGGUGUAUUAGAUACAUAAAAAACGUUCACAUGGUCAUAUUUGAUGUAAGAUCGCAAUAUUCGAAGGACGCACAAAGAGGAAACGGUCUAAUAUAAUAAAGUUUAUAAUUUAUCAAAAAAAAAAA